CUCUCUCUCUCUCUCUUCCGCAACUUUUUCCCUCCAGCCAAGCCCUCUUUCAGAUCUCGGCGGCGAUGGAUCCAAAUCGGCGAGCUUAAGUAUAACCCACGACCUUACUGAUUCCGGCUUGAGCUUGAAAUCCUGCGAAUUUGGUGCUUUUCUGUUGCUGAUCUCUCUUUCUGUUCAUCUGAUGGCUUCAAUCCGGCGAACUCUCUCGCCGGUGUAUCACGAUCGUCCGUACGAGAAUGGCGGUGCACCAUUCUCGCCAUCUUCUAUGUCAUCACCUUCUCACAAGGGUAGCAGUAAACACAAUUCCUCGCAGAUUCUCUCAUAUCUCAACAAGCUUUCCGGAGCGACGACGUCUGACCCUAAAAGCUCGCGGAGAGGUGGAUGGCGACGACCGUUUUUCCAAUUCAUCGCUUUCUUUCUUCUUGGGUUUCUAUUAGGUAUGACACCGUACGGGCAAAUGGAAGAUGUUAACGGUACCGAUCGUUUCUCCUUCGAGAUCAAACCGCCGAAUGUUGAAGAAAGGGUUGAGAACGGGAAACGGGAAGAGGUAGCAGUAGAUGGGGUAAGUUUCGUGGCGGAGGCUGAGCUUGGGAAGAAGGAGAUGAUGAUUAAGGAGGAGGAUUUCAAUUUUGUGCCGAGGAAGCUCAUAAUUGUUGUCACACCAACUUACAAUCGAGCGAUGCAGGCGUAUUACUUGAACAGGAUUGCUCAAACGCUGAGGCUAGUGGAGCCGCCUGUGCUGUGGAUAGUGGUGGAGGGAAAUGCGGCGUCGUUUGAGACCUCAGAGAUUCUGAGAAAGACGGGAGUUAUGUACAGACACUUGGUUUGCAAGAGGAACAUGACGAGUAUCAAGGACAGAGGGGUUCACCAGAGAAACACUGCAUUGGAACAUAUUGAGUUGCACAAGCUCGAUGGGAUUGUUUACUUCGCUGAUGAUGACAACAUCUACUCGCUUGAGCUGUUUCAAAGCUUAAGGCAAAUCAGUCGAUUUGGAACUUGGCCUGUUGCGAUGCUAGCGCCAAGCAAAAACAAGGCGAUCCUUGAAGGUCCAGUAUGCAACGGAAGUCAAGUAAUCGGAUGGCACACUAAUGAAAAGAGUAAAAGACUACGGAGAUUCCAUGUGGAUAUGUCGGGAUUCGCUUUCAACAGCACUAUACUUUGGGACCCUAAAAGGUGGCGACGUCCCUUUUCACAUCCAACCCGCCAACUAGACACGGUGAAGGAAGGUUUCCAAGAGACAACAUUUAUAGAGCAGGUGGUGGCAGAUGAAAGCGAGAUGGAAGGUGUUCCACCAGCUUGCUCGAGGAUACUGAACUGGCAUCUUCACUUGGAUGCACGGGAUGUCCCUUAUCCACAAGGAUGGGUGAUCCAGAAGAAUCUCGAAGCUCUCAUAACUGUGAAUUAGUGUGAAGAUACAACUUUUGACUGGUAAAUGUUCCGUUCGCCCUGCGCCCGACAGUAUAUGAUUCAACGGGAAUCACACACAAGGGAUAGAUUGAUACAAUCUAAUAGGGCUAUGAACUCUUGAAGUUCGGUGUUCAGGAAUUACAAGCAAAACGUGAACUCAAGAACAUGAAAAUUUUGUAUGUUUUGGGUUUGGUGUUUUUACUGUAAGAUGGUUCCCAUUAUAUUACCUUCUGAGAUGGAUUAUUUCACGCCAUUUUCAUUU